AUGCAGGAGAGAGAGGGAGAGGAGCAGCGCACUGUGGUGGUGUUCAAUCUGAGCAGCUGUGUGAGGGAGGAGAUCCUCUAUGAGCUCUUCCUGCAGGCAGGACCGGUGCAGAAAGUCAUUAUUCCAAAAGAUCGAGAUGGAAAUCAGAAAUCUUACGGAUUUGUUUACUAUAAACACGCCGAGGCGGUUUCCUACGCCAUCGCUCUAUUGGACGGGAUCUGGCUCUACGGCUGUCCAAUCACACUGAGGCAUCAUUACGCGCACACACUCUCAGCUCAGGACGAACACAACUGGAGAGAUGAGACGUCUGGUUUGGCCCUUGGUCCCUUCUCUCCAACCAUGUACCCUGCUGAGGGUCCCUACUUCCCUCCUGUAAUGCCAUGGGCGUGGCCAAAUGUUGGAUUGGUUUCCUGGACUUCCUGUUCAGAUGGGCUGACCCAGGCUUUAGACUAUACCGACUCCGAGGAGAGGGGCAUGGAGCAAAACCCGGAGCUGAAGAAUCACCGUAAAAGUAGAAGAAACCGCGUGAGAAAAAACAAACAGAAGAAAAAAUACAGAAGUUAAU